CGGUCAGUUGAGUAAGAACAGCCUAUAGCGAUCGUCUUGUGAUGAUCGAUAGAGCGGUAGGCUCGUCCGUUUCACGAAUUUAGAAUUAAAAACAAAAGAGGUAGUGAAAAAAAUCGCGUGGAGUGGUAUAAUCGAGUAGUUUACCACAGCUAAUUAUAAAAGAAGGCGUGGAUCGACAAUCCGACCAAUCGGACCGGUUCGAUCGUCCUCCGGCCUUCGCGUCAAUGCAGCUUGCACACGCGCCUACUACCAGUAGUUGAUAUUAACGGUCGCCACUCCAGUGCGAGAGCUCAGAUCGUUAAUCCUUUGCCCGGUGUGUUGUUUUUCCUCUCCAAACGCGCUAGGUUGCCUCAAGAGUCCUGUAUCAGACGCCACCCAAGACAGCUGUUUCGAGAAAGUACCCAAGACGCGGCUUCACUUCGCUUCUUCUUUUUUCUUCGAAUGAGCAAGAAGUUUCUCGACGUUUGGCUGUUGCUGCUGUUUAAAGCGUAGUUAAACUAAGCUCGUACUCGAGGCUGGCGCGUUGUGUCGCUUGACUGCCGAGACUUUGUUUUCUGUUUUCGCGCUCGAGAAAUCGUUUUUACCGGGAAGCUUGGCUUUAGACGUGAAAUAAAUUUUCCAUUAACGUCAACUUGCUUGAGAUGUCGAUAAACGCAAUAACAACGUCGCGUGAACGAUGGGACGUGCAAGCGUCGCUCAUCGCCAAACGGACUCACAAUCCGAUCAGAUCGAUCGUCGAAAAUAUUGUUGUCGAGCCAAAUCCAGACAAACCUAUGAUUGCUUUGUCUAUUGGUGAUCCUACAAUCUUCGGAAAUCUGAAACCGGCAAGAGAAGUUAUUGAAGCCGUAAAAGAAAGCCUCGAAUCUGAACUGUAUAAUGGUUACGCUCCAAGUACCGGUUACGAAGAGGCUAGACGCGCAGUUGCAGAGUAUAGCUCAGAUGAGAACGUUACAGUUGAUCCAAAAGAUGUAGUGCUCUGCAGCGGUUGCUCUUGCGCCUUAGACCUGUGCAUCACGGCCUUGGCGCGCGAGGGCCAGAACAUUCUCAUACCCCGUCCAGGCUUUGCCAUUUACCGAACGCUCGCCGAGGGAUUGGGCGUCUCCGUGCGCUCCUACAACCUUCGACCGGAGCUCGGUUGGGAAGUCGAUUUGGACGACCUGGAGACGCAAAUCGACGAAUCCACCGCGGCAAUUAUCAUCAACAAUCCCUCCAACCCUUGCGGUUCGGUCUUCAGUCGAGAUCACCUGCUCGAUAUACUCGACGUUGCCGCCAAGUAUUACGUUCCUAUUAUUGCCGACGAAAUUUACGAAUACAUGGUAUUUCCCGGGAGGACGUUCUACUCGUUAGCGUCUUUAUCCAGCCACGUUCCUAUUCUAUCCUGCAGCGGACUCACGAAGAGGUUUUUAGUACCAGGCUGGCGAAUGGGCUGGAUAAUCAUUCACGACCGCCAGGGUAUAUUAGAUAAGGAAAUCAGAAAAGCUUUGCAAUGCCUGAGCCAACGAAUAAUCGGCAGUAACACCAUUGUCCAAGGCGCUUUGCCGAAAAUCUUAAAAAAUACUCCGCAGAGGUACUUCGACAAUAUCCUCGUGACUUUGGACGCGCAUGCAACGCUCAGUUACAGCUACAUCUCGAAAAUUCCUGGAUUGGAGCCCAUCAAGCCGAACGGCGCCAUGUAUAUGAUGGUGCACAUCGAGUUGCCAAGCUUCCCAGAGUUCAAUAGCGAGCUCGAGUUCGUUAAGCGACUUUUGGCCGAGGAAUCUGUAUUCUGCUUACCUGGACAGUGCUUCGAUUAUCCAUCGUACAUGAGAUUGGUGAUCACCGUGCCGCAAGAAAUGCUGGAGGAGGCUUGUCUACGAAUUCAAGAAUUUUGCGCGAGGCAUCAUGUGAAGACCUAUUUUAAUGAAUCCCUCAAUACUAUUUCUUAUUGAAAAGUUUUUAUGAGCCGACAAGUCUUUAUGAGAAACAAUUGAUUUUGGUAUAUUAAAUCGUUUUAAAUUAUUAUCCGCAAAGAAAAUUUUACAUUAAUCGGCGAUUUUGUGGCAUUAUAUAGCAUUUACGAUCUACUAGUAAAAAGUAAGUUCGUGUAUAGUUCAUUGUGUAUAUAUUACGUUGCAAAACUCUUCGAUGAUUUUUUUGCUAAAUACAACAAAUAAGGGAUUCUCCUUGAUUCUAAAUAGUUUAUUAAGUGAAAUACAUAUAAAAGAAAUCAAGCCAUAUUUUAUUGUUUGAAUUUUCAAUUUUGUUCAUUAUACUCAAAUUAUCGAGUAAGUAAAACAGAUAUGCCUUGUUAUUUUGUACAAUAAUAAAUAUAUUGGUAAUGUACGUAAACAGGAAUGAAGUUAAUGACGUUCUUGCUGUAUCAUAAAAGUUUAUAUAACAUUUUUUCGAUUGCUACUUACCUAAUAGAGAUUGAAUAACAUUUUUGUGAUAAACUACGUAGAAUGAAUCACCGAGAGCAAAUCUCGAAGAUCACCAUUAUCUUGAUUUAAUAACAAUCGGAUACGGAGGUCGUGGACAUCAAUCAGUUUUCGAUAAAUAAAUUUCAACUAUUGUUUCAAUCUCUAUUAUUCAUUUACUUGGCUAAAAACAAGUUUUGAUGAAGUCUCAAUAAAUCGAAAAAUAAUAUAAAAAAUUGGAACUUCAAGUACGUACAUAUAUUUAUAAAGUCAACUAACUCGUACUUGAAAAUUGGUACAUAGUCGUUUUAUUUAACUUGUACGUGACUAAAUGAAAACAAACGAAAUGAU